AUGCUGUCCAGCCUAAACGAGUGGCUGUGGCAGGACAAAUUCUGGCUGCCUCCCAACAACUCAUGGGCAGACCUGGAGGACCGGGACGGCGUGGUCUACGCCCACCCUCGGGACCUGCUGGCGACCCUGCCCUUGGCCCUGGCCCUGGUGGCCGCACGCAUGGCCUUUGAGAGGUUUGUGGGCCUGCCUCUGAGCCGGUGGCUGGGUGUGCGGAACCAUGUCCAGAGGCCUGUGGCUCCCAACCCCGUUCUGGAGAGACACUUCCUCACGCAAGGGCGAAGACCCAAGGAGCCCCAGCUGGCCCUUCUGGCCACCCAGUGUGGCCUCACCCUGCGGCAGACCCAGCGCUGGUUCCGGGACCGCCGGAAACAGGACCAGCCCCACCUAACCAAGAAGUUCUGUGAGGCCAGCUGGAGGUUCUUGUUCUAUCUGUGCUCCUUCGUGGGUGGCCUCUCGGUCCUGUACCACGAGUCAUGGCUGUGGACACCGUCAAUGUGCUGGGACAGUUACCCAAACCAGCCACUGAACCCUGUCCCAGCCAUGACCCACCGUCUCCCACAGGACUUCAAGGAGCAAGUGGCCCACCACUUCGUGACCAUCUCCCUGAUCAUCUUCUCCUACAGCGCCAACCUGCUGCGCAUCGGCUCCCUCGUGCUGCUGCUGCACGACGCCUCGGAUUACCUGCUGGAGGCCUGUAAGAUGUUCAACUACACGUACUGGAGGCGCCUGUGUGACACGCUUUUCGUCAUCUUCUCCUGCGUCUUCCUCUACACACGCCUCGUUCUCUUCCCGACGCAGAUCCUCUACACCACGUACUACGAAUCCCUCAUCGGCCGAGCGCCCUUCUUCGGCUACUACUUCUUCAACGCCCUCCUGAUGGUGCUGCAGCUGCUGCAUGUGUUCUGGUCUAGCCUCAUCCUGCGCAUGAUCUCCAACUUCAUGACCAAGGGCCAGAUGGAGAAGGACAUCCGCAGCGAUGUGGAGGAGUCAGACUUGAGCGAGGAAGAGGCUGGCCAGGAGCGUCCACAGCUAAGGAACGGCUCAGCCCCCAUAGGCGGCCCCCGGAGCCGAGUGGCUGGGCGGCUGGCCAAUGGGCACACGGUGGCCAUGUGA